AUCUUGAAAAUUAGUACGACAGUGCAGUGAACCCCGACGGUAAAUUCGUGAUUUUCAGUAAAAUCUCAAAUUAAAAGUAUUAGUAAACGACGUGCUCAAAGAUAGAGAUCUUUGAUAUCAUCCUAAUGUCUUAUUCAUUAAUGGGAUUGCUUUUAAAGGUCACUGCGUCGAUGCGAUCCUGUAUUAGAGUGUUUGACAAGAAGAUGUCUGCGUUGAGUGUAAGGGCUCCCGGCCUACAAGCCACUAUGUUGAACACUAGGUCACUGCGAGUGCAAGGAGAAACUACCAUAGAUACGGUGCGAAGAAAUCUAUUCGGUUGCACAGAUAAAGAGGAAAACAGACGUUUCGUUGAGAGGGAGCUAGCUCGGCAAUUGGAUUUGGAUAGUCAGCGUUGGGGCUUCGAUUUCGCGAAUGAGAAACCUCUGGCAGGUGACCAGAGAUUCGCCUGGCAGCUUGUACCGGCGGCUACCAUUCCUGCUGCUCUACGCCGGUCACCUAUCACCAUAACUCAACAGGCGACGAAACCAGUGAAAGAAGCGAAAGUGUCCAGUCCAAACAACAAUAAAACGCAAAAACCACAGAGGAGAAUGACAGAUUUCUUGAGAGUUCACAAGCGGCCAUCCAGCAACGGUGCGAAAUCACCGGCGCACAAACACAAGCAAGAGUUGCGCGGCGUUCACAUCCGCCCGCCCAAAGUGGCACGGCUCGUGCAGACGCACUUCAAACGCAGUUAGGGCCUACGCCCUCCCCGCUCCCCUCCCCGCUACACAAGGUGUGACAAUUCACUUGUAAUACCUAGGUCCAAAUAGAAUUUAAUAGUGCAGUGCCGAGAGCGAACUUCCGAGCGGCUGACACUUUAUUCGAUCGUGUACUGGUUCAAUUGGAACGCGGGCGUUUAAUUGUGCAAAUUAUAUUUCUUAAUUUAUUUUCGAUUUAGACAGUGUUAAACAAUUAUUAAUGUUAAGUAAUUGUAAGAUUUCAGACUAAUAUAUACAUCACAGUCGGAAGGCUCGAUUGGUUAGCGUGGACCAUAGAGCAUUAUUUAUAAUUUGACAAUUAAUUUUAAGUUUGAUAUGAUCUCUUGACACGUAGGUUUAGUUACAUAAGUAUAUCAUGUUAAGUUAAUCCGCCUUGGUGUUAUUGCUGCGCACGAGUGGAAAUUAAAUUUUAACUCCCGCGCGGCAGUUUUACUAAUGUUUUAUUUUUUUAUUUUCUUCGGCAACACGAGGAAACUGAGAAAAUAUCGAUUAUAAGCAAUAGAACGUUUAGUGUAAGAGAAAUACAAAUACUCAAUAGACUUUGUUAUUCUUUAUAACAAAUGUUGCCAAUUUAAUUUUUAAUAUAGUUUGUAAUAGAUUGAGUAUUUGUGUUUAAUUGUUUUGUUGUUAUAUUAAUAAUGGUUUAUAUUUUUUAAUAUUGUCUAAAGUGAUGUGAACAAAAUUAAAAAUUGUUUCGGUAGACGCCCUGCCCUGGGUAAAGUACAAAUUUCUUCAUUGUUACUUUAGGUAAAGGGCGGGGCGCGGAAUGCUUUAAAAGACAUUUGCUUUUCUUCAUGUAUUUGUGGCAUCGUGGUUUAUUUACUGGUGGGGAGGCAAUCGGUCAUAAACCAACUGAAUUUUACAGUUUUUAUUAAUGUUGCCAUUUUCAUCAGUAACAAUGUUGCUAAUUCUGAUGUACACAGGAGGAAUUAAUAUUUAACAAAAGAUUAAGUAUUAAUAUAAAUUAAAUCAGUAAAUUAAGUUCAUGCAAUGUUUUAUUUUUUCGAUUUCUGAUUUUUACUUUAAAUCUUGGUCAAUUUUGUUUUAAUAUGUCAAAGUUAGUUUCCAACGUACACUUGGGCAUAGACAAAUGAUAGACGUAACCCGUGAACGACGGUAUGAAGUUGGUCACGUGACACUGUGACUGAGAAAUCAGAGUUCGUCUGAUAAAUAGGUUUUAUGAGCCUCUAGGAAAAAUGCAUUUGAAAGAUUAAACGAUUUAUUUGUGUAGAUUUGAGCAAAUAUAUCACGCUUAAUUUAUAAAAAUGCAUUUUAUUAAAUUAUGUAUCAUCAUAUGAUUUUGGGGCCAUCUCAUAUUUCCCAGAUCUGUAAAAUAAGGUGUACAUCAGAGCUAGCAUAAGUAUCAGCCAAAGUGUGGUAUGCAGUUGACAAAUGGGAUAAAAAUUAAUUUGUUUGACUAUUCACAAUAUAAAAUUGUUAAACCUUAUAAUUUUAUGGUGUUUAAUUUGACGUAAUUGAAAUUUAUGAAUUAUGUUACAGUCUGAACUUAUCGCCUCCAAUUUGAGGCGUCAGACUAAAUUUUUUUCUUUAGCCAUAAAACAGUAUGGCUUGUGUACUGCUAAAUUUAAUACAUUAUAUAAAAUAUGAUCUCACAAUUUGUACUGCGUGCAAAUUUCAUAUGUUAAGUCCUUUGCCUUGUGAAACAUUUAAUACGUUUAAAUGUUAGCUGAACAUCGCCGUACUGGUACAAUUGUAUAUAGUUUUAAUUACCAUGAGUGCUCACUCAAAUUACUGUCAGUACACAUUAAAUUUGAUUUCGCUCAUGGUAUACGCAUAGGCUUUGGUUUACACAUACCCCUAGACAAAGAUACAUUGCGACACGCGUGACCCGCUUUCACCGCUGUAUGAUGUGAUCACGUGAUCAAUGUUAAUGUGACUCCCAUACAGUUUUAUUUGUCUAGGUCUACAUUUCGCAAUGUAGGUCUUAGAAAAAGUCUAAAUUCAAUAGAUUUCUUAUAUUUCUAUAGUAGGGUAUCAACUAUUACGUAUCGUAAGUUGUUACAAUUUUUGACAUAUUUUGUAGCAUGACUACAGUAGCUGUCUUAUCAAAAAAGCUCUGUGAACUCUAAAGCCUAUGCCAGACACUAAAUUCACUGUAAAUUUUUGCACAUUGUGUAUUUAUUAUCCAGUCGGCGACUACAUAAUAGCCCCAGAGGCAUUGCCGAGUAAAUAAUAGUAAUUGCAAUACAUGUAUUCGGCAAAUAUACGAGAAGUUUAUUUAUCUUAAGUGUAAUGUAUAAAACCUAAAAUUAGUUUUAAAAAAAGCUUACGUACGGUA